AUGAAAGAACACCAUCGCCGCUGGCUGAGUCGAGGUGGUUCCGGAUCUAUCACAAGUGCGAUUCUCGCUCACUUGGUAGACACUGGCCAUCGUGUUGACCCAAGUGAAGCAUUCGGCAUUAUUUAUCAGGUUCCCGCGGACCGGUCCAAAUACGUUAGAAUGCGUACGUUGGCCAUAGCCGAGGCCAUCUGUAAUAGACAUUUGACCCCCGAACUAUGGGCCCAGAAAGGUCUUAUUCAAGCUCUCCAUCUCCCCUGGAUUCGCGAACCCACACCUCCCCCAUGCUCUCCCCCCUGCCCACACAAACAAACAUUUUCACACAACAACACCGAUCCCUCAGAACUGGGUCACACGAUCGUCGUGACAUUACUGCAAACCCCGGAAGCACAGAUCUGA